CGUAUCCUCCCGGAGAUAACCAUGUUUCCCCAGGGGCGGCACCCGACGCCCCACCAGGCUCCAGGCCAGCCCUUCAAGUUCACCAUCCCAGAGUCACUGGACCGCAUCAAGGAGGAGUUCCAGUUUCUUCAGGCCCAGUACCACAGUCUCAAGCUGGAGUGUGAGAAGCUGGCCAGUGAGAAGACGGAGAUGCAGAGACAUUAUGUCAUGUACUAUGAGAUGUCCUAUGGCCUCAACAUCGAAAUGCACAAACAGACUGAGAUUGCCAAGAGACUAAACACCAUCUGUGCACAAGUCAUUCCCUUCCUCUCACAGGAGCAUCAGCAGCAGGUCGUCCAGGCUGUAGAGCGAGCAAAACAGGUGACUAUGGCAGAGCUCAAUGCUGUCAUCGGGGUACGUGGACUGCCAGGUCUUCCACCUACACAGCAUCUAUCUCAUAACCACGGUGGCGCCCCUGUGCCCAUGGCCCCUCACCCGGCCGGCCUCCACCCCUCUCAGCUGGGGGGCUCGGCUGGCCUCCUGGCUCUGUCAGGAGCACUUGGGGGUCUGCCUCCACAUCUGGCUGGAAAAGACAGUGAUAAAAAGCCUCACCUGGCUGGACCAGAUUCACACCCCGGAGGACCCGAGCACCUGAGAGAGAGAGAGCCUGGAACUAGUAACUCACUGCUGCCAGAAAGUCUCCGGAACUCAGAUAAGCGACGCAACGGACCCGAUUUUUCAAACGACACCAAGAAACGCAAGGUGGAAGACAAGGACUCCAGCCACUACGAUAGCGAUGGUGAUAAAAGUGAUGAUAACUUAGUGGUGGAUGUUUCAAAUGAGGAUCCAGCCUCCCCCCGGGGCACUCCUCUCCCCUCGCCCAGAGAGAACGGCGUGGAUAAAGCACGUCUUCUCAAGAAGGACCCCUGUAGUCCGGCCUCUAGUGCUUCAUCAGCAAGCUCCUCCUCCCUCAAGUCCAAAGAGAUGGCAAUGCGAGAUAAAGCAGGCACACCUGGGCUAAAGUCGAGCACACCCACGCCCAGAGGUGACUCCACCCCUGGUCCGAGCACCACACCCGGAAUCAGGCCCAGUCUGUCCAAACCCCCCUCCAUGGAGAUGCCACAUCCACCUCCUGCAGGUUUGCGGACGCCCCUCGCUGUACCAGGCCCAUACCCGGGUGCGUUCGGUAUGUUGCCCCAUGCAGCAGGGAUGAAUGGGGAGCUGGCCGGGGCUGCGGCCUAUGCUGCCGGCCUGCACAACAUGUCACCUCAGAUGAGCGCUGCCGCCGCGGCCGCUGUGGCUGCGUAUGGCCGUUCACCCAUGGUUGGGUUUGAUCCUCAUUCACACAUGAGAGUUACCGGAAUCCCUCCCAGUCUGACCGGAAUCCCUGGCGGCAAACCUGCCUAUUCUUUUCACGUGGCCGCUGAUGGACAGAUGCAGCCAGUGCCGUUCCCCCCGGAUGCUUUGGUGGGCCCGGGCAUCCCACGCCACGCCCGUCAAAUCAACACACUGAACCACGGAGAGGUGGUGUGCGCUGUCACCAUCAGUAAUCCCACGAGACACGUUUACACAGGAGGGAAGGGUUGUGUCAAGGUCUGGGACAUUAGUCACCCGGGGAACAAGAGCCCUGUGUCCCAGCUCGACUGUCUGAACCGAGACAACUACAUCCGCUCCUGUCGCCUGCUCCCCGAUGGGCGAACGCUGAUAGUGGGCGGUGAGGCGAGCACUUUGUCAAUCUGGGAUCUGGCCACACCCACUCCCAGGAUCAAGGCAGAGUUAACGUCAUCAGCACCGGCGUGCUACGCUCUGGCCAUCAGCCCGGACUCCAAAGUCUGCUUCUCCUGCUGCAGUGAUGGCAACAUCGCAGUCUGGGAUUUACACAAUCAGACACUUGUUAGGCAGUUCCAGGGCCACACAGAUGGAGCCAGCUGUAUUGACAUCUCCAAUGAUGGCACCAAGCUGUGGACCGGAGGCCUCGAUAACACAGUUCGCUCCUGGGAUCUGAGAGAGGGGCGGCAGCUGCAGCAGCACGACUUCACAUCACAGAUCUUCUCUCUCGGCUACUGUCCGACGGGAGAGUGGCUCGCUGUGGGAAUGGAGAGCAGCAACGUCGAGGUCCUUCAUGUCACCAAACCUGACAAAUACCAGCUUCAUCUACACGAGAGCUGUGUGCUGUCUCUGCAGUUUGCCUACUGUGGUAAAUGGUUUGUGAGCACAGGGAAGGAUAACUUACUGAAUGCAUGGAGAACCCCCUAUGGAGCCAGCAUAUUCCAGUCUAAAGAAUCCUCCUCGGUGCUGAGCUGUGACAUAUCUGUGGACGACAAGUACAUUGUCACCGGUUCAGGGGACAAGAAGGCCACUGUUUACGAGGUCAUCUACUAAAAAUGUGAAAGGAAAUCGAGGACAUCUGCUCUUUUCCCACACACACUGAUUUGUUUCUAGAAAUGUUCACAUGGAGCCAGAAAUCGAAGACAACGGUGAAGAUCACGUUUCCGUUUUUUUCUGUUACAUCUGCUGAAGACACAUGGAAAGGAGAGAACACGCACACGUGUGUGUGCCAGUAAACAUGACUCCAAAUCAGCUGGGAGCUUUACACUGGAGAAGCUGGAUGUUAAUGGACAGAGAGGAACUGUUUGGAUGUUCUUGCCUCUGCUGCUUUUUGCUGUGGACUGCGCUGGGAUCAGAUACAGGGACCAAGAGAUGAGUGGACUGAAGUGCAUCGGUUGGACUGGGACCAGCUCUUCUGGAAAAUACUGUACUGAACAUCAGAUACUAAGACACUUGAUUCAGUGUGACGACCAGGGGCGGAGACCCCGGAAGAAAAACUCUAGCGGGUUGAAUAUGUGAACAAACGGCAGAAAGACGGAGCAGGAUGUGGACAUAACUCUUGAGAGACAAGAGAGGAGAAGCAACAGCAGAAUAACAUUUUAUAGACGGAGAAUGAAGAACAUGUUUUUGUCUGCUCUUGACAGAUAUCACUCAGAACCUGUUUGUCUCUCAGCUUUGACUCUUUGCCCUUAAAAACGUCAGCUCGCUGUUCUGAAACGCCUACACUGUCUGGAGAGUACUUUUUUUUUUUUUUCAGUCUUAACACUAUGUCCAAACCUCACUAACUGCACUGUAGCUGUAACUGUCCACCCACACACUCGGUACACGCUGUACUUAGGAAAUACCCCGACAGAACCUAAACAUACGGAAGGCCUUGUUGUCUUGUCCAUCAUCAUCAUGCUACUUCAUACAUCAGGGACUGCACAUCCUUCUAAUGCAAUCCAGGAGAAUUUAAGAUCCUUUUUAACACAGAAUAAAUAUUUACCAAACCAAAAAAAAGCUUCUAAAACAGGACAAAAUACUGUAAAUGUUGUUCUGAAAAAACUUGUUUUCCUCUUUAUUUUCUCGUCCUUUCUUUUAUGAUUCUAAUUAAAGAGCCACUUAGUGAAAAGUUUCAGAAAUUAGAUUUGUCCUCAAAAACUCAAUGUGUUCUGUUUCAACACAUGGUAAUAACUAUUCUCUACUUGUGUUUUCAUUCAUCCGAACGCAAAACCUGACACUGUGGUUUGGUGGUUAGCCUGUCGCCUCACAGCAAGAACGACCCAGGUUUAAUUCUCAGCUUGAGUUUAAAUAAAAGGAAACGGCAACAUGAGCCUUCAUAUGUUUUAAUGUCUGGGCCCCUCCUCCUUGUUGUUGAACAGCUCCUUCAUCAACUAAUCAAUCAAUAUUUCAGAGGCUCAGUAUGGAUUAUUGAUCGGCUGGAGAUUUUUUCAGAUUCACACAUUGAUUUCCUUUGUUGCAGAGUAAACACGCCCCUGCUGUUCAUUUUAGUGCAGUUUCAUUUGCCUCUGCUCUCUUUUACAAUAAGUUCACUGGUUGAGGUCAUGAUAAUUAGGAUGGUGAUCUCAAAUAGAAGAUUUCCCCACUAUAUUUAAGAUUUUAAAAAACAACCCUUUAGAAAAUGUCUUACUGUUGUAAAUUCACCCUGACCCUGCCUUUGUCACUCUAUGAAACACGUGAUGUCUUACUGUGUGGAAGGUUAAUCAUGCUUUGUGAACAGGGACCAACUCAAUGUGAUUUCAUCUCGUUUAGUGGAAAUCUUAUGUGAAGAAGUAAAAAAUCCUCUGGUAUACAUUCACUGAACAGUUGAUAUUUGGCCAAAUACUGUCACUUGUUUGAACGGAUUAUUGAAACUGGCUGAAUUGUAUUAAAGAGUAAAACCUGUUUUCUCUCUACAGAGAAGUUUGUGGGAUUUGCAAACAGGAUUAAAUACAUUUGUCAGGAUCAUUAAAUCGAGGAAGGUUGCACAGGAGCAGUUGUAUUUCAGCUUCAGGAAGAAACCGAUCUCAGCCAUUUUAAUCUCAUUAUUUCAUGAUUUUUUUUCUAUUUCUGUCUGUUGAAUGUUUGUAAAAAUGUAUAUAUGUUUUUUUUUCUUACAGGACAUGCUUUAGGAAUAACAAACUUUUUUUGUACAACUUUUACAUGGAGAAGAAACGUCUAAUCAGGAGAAAUACUAAAUGGUCUUAAUGCUAGCUAAUCUAUAAUGAUUGAAAUGUCUAGACAAUAAAUGUUUUUUUUGUAACUGGAGUGGUUUUCCUGGACUUUCUUGGUUGGAACAAGAACACAUUAGGA